UGUGAAUGGACGGCUGCCGUUCUUUUCCGGCUACACCUGCUCAUCCCACCAGGAAGUGCUGGGCGAUAAAUCCUAAAGUAAUAAUCCCUUUUACCUGGAGCGAGAGGAGCGAACAAACAUUAUUAUGCAGUGUAUCCGGGGAAAGCCCUCCGAUUAGAUUCAUGUGAUCGACGCGCGCGAUUAAUGCAGGGUAAAAAACACACCGUCAACUCCCAGCAAGUUGGGGUUAUUGUUUUCCUGCGGUGUAGCGUUUAGUUUUUUUGCGGUCCUAACCUCCCUCCGGCAAUGGGAUGCUGUGGAAGCGCAGAGAGGCCAAAAAGAGAAUGGAAACCUUUGGAGGACCGGAGCUGCACGGAUCUGCCAUGGCUCCUGUUGUUUACAUUGUUCCUUGUGGGAAUGUGUGGCAUCUGUGGGUUUACCAUCGCGACUGGAGGGGCGGCGCGGCUCGUCUUCGGAUAUGACAGCUACGGGAACACGUGCGGCCAACGCAACGAGCCCAUCGAAGGGGUCCGGCUGAGUGGUCUCGACCAUACUGACAGAAAAUUCGUCUUUUUCCUGGAUCCGUGCAACAUAGACAUCAUUCAGAGGAAAAUAAAGUCCAUGGCGCUCUGCGUAUCACAAUGUCCCACCGAGGAACUGGCGACUUACUACGACCUCAAGAGGUUUGCCAUGAUGAAUGGGUCUGAGCUUUGUUCAUAUGAGUUACCUGGUCAUAAGUACCCAAGCCUUCCAGAGCGCUUCGAAAAGUGUCCCAAACUUCCAGUCCCAGAGAGCAAAGCUCUUCCAGUGUUUAGCCGCUGCACGCCGGUGGAUAUUUCCUGCUAUGCUAAGUUUGCUGAAGCGGUGGUCACGUUUGUCAGUGAUAACAGCAUGUUAAACAGACUGAUUGCCGGGGUGGCGGCCAGCAAAGAGAUCAUUGUUGGGCUGUGUCUGAUGGCGUUAGUUUUGUCCAUGAUCCUCAUGGUGAUCAUUCGUUACAUCUCUGCUGUCCUGGUUUGGAUCCUCACUGCACUGGUGGUUCUGGGUUCCCUGGGAGGUACCAGCGUUCUGUGGUGGUUGUACAUAGACUAUAGAAUGACAAUGAAUGAGACCAUGACUAAAGAUCUGAGGGAAACAGAAGAACCCAACGGUGGCAUGAAGACCACCAAAGACCACGCUCAAGGACUGCUCAUCUACGCCGUUUCAGCGACCGUGUUCACUGGAAUUUUGUUGCUUCUGAUGUUGUUUAUGAGGAAGAGGGUGGCUCUGACCAUCGCCCUGUUCCACGUGGCGGGAAAAGUGUUUAUCCACCUGCCGCUGUUGGCUCUGCAGCCCUUCUGCACGUUCCUCGCUCUUUCUCUGUUUUGGGUCUACUGGAUCAUGGUCCUCCUCUUCCUCGGCACCACUGGGAACCCGGAAAAGAACGAGGAUACUGGCCUGGUUGAGUUCAGGCUCACAGGAGCGCUGCAGUACAUGACCUGGUACCACGCAGUGGGACUGAUCUGGAUCAGUGAGUUCAUCCUGGCUUGUCAGCAGAUGACCGUAGCCGGUGCUGUGGUAACCUACUAUUUCACAAGGGACAAAACCAAACUCCCGGUGACGCCCAUCCUGUCAUCAGUGCUGCGGCUGGUGCGGUAUCACCUGGGCACUGUGGCCAAGGGCUCCUUCAUCAUCACCCUCGUCAAGAUCCCGCGCCUCAUUCUCAUGUACAUCCACAACCAACUCAAAGGAAAGGAAAACGCUUGUGCACGCUGCAUGCUGAAGGCCUGUAUCUGCUGUCUGUGGUGUCUGGAGAAGUGCCUCAAUUAUUUGAAUCAGAAUGCAUAUGCGGCGACGGCCAUAAACAGCACCAGUUUCUGCACCUCGGCCCGCGAUGCCUUCGUGAUCCUGGUGGAAAACGCUCUUAGGGUGGCAACCAUCAACACCGUUGGAGAUUUUGUUCUCUUUCUGGGCAAGAUCCUGAUCGUGUCGUGCACGGCGUUCACUGGCGUGUUAGCGCUGAACUAUCAGAGAGAUUACACCGAGUGGGUCCUGCCGCUCAUCAUCGUGUGUCUGUUCGCGUUCCUCGUGGCACACUGCUUCCUGUCCAUCUUCGAGAUCGUGGUGGACGUGCUCUUCCUCUGCUUUGCCAUCGACACCAAAUACAACAACGGCACACCUGGGAGGGAGUUCUACAUGGACAAGGCCCUGAUGGAGUUUGUGGAGAACAGCAGGAAGUCAAUGGCGGUGGAGGAGCGGGGGCGCAGCAAGCGCGCCCGUCCCAAGGAAGAGGUAGAGUUGACGGAGGUUAAGGCCAUGGUGAGUGGUGACGUGGGCGUGGCAGAGGCGGAGUGGCAGGCCUUGCAGGAGUUCCACCUGUACUACCUGCUGCUGUGUGUGCUGAUGGACUGGGCCCUGUCGGAGCACACACUGGUGCUCUGCCUCACACAAGACAUGAUCAUCUUCCUGUCUGUCUGCCUGCCCACCUCCACCCUCUUCUUCCUGGUCACAUUGCUCCAGAACACGCCGGUGGCUGCUGCUGCUGCAUGCUGACUAACGCUUCCUCACCUCCUUCAUCCAUCUAUCAUUUCAUCUAUCCUUUCUAUGCAUCGCACUAACAGAGCAUGAACUUCUAUUUUUCUAUCUGUGGAUUAUUAUUAUUUUUUAAAAUCUUUUUUCAUUCCUUUCUUGCCUCUUCUUUUUUAUUGACUGUCUUGAACUCAUAUGGCAUCUAUAAACUGUACUUGUAUAUCCGUUGCCUUAAAAUCACCAUGUUGCUAUUUGGAGGAAAGAUAAUUGAAACUGCCAAGCUGGAAAAACAAGAGAAGUAGAGAAAAGGAAAGACAUUAUCUCUCACGCUGAUGGUCAUAUUUUCCACAACUCCCAAUUAGCAAAUUAGCUGAUAACCACAAGACUCCUUACUUUCUGGAUAAACAAUGGCAAAUUGUGCCGUUUCACCCUCAACAUUAUAAGUGGGUCUGGAAGAACACAGUUUGUUUGGUAGCAUAAGAUUAGGACUGACUGUAUAUGGGUUGUUGACAAGAAAUGUUAAUCAUUUCUGUGUGACGUUCCUCAAAUUGACUAGUCAGUGUAUUGUAGGAUGAUUAGUCAGUUUGAAAGAAAACCAUCUGACCCUGAUCACUCAAUAAUUGACAAUUCAUGCUUUAUCUAAAGGGAUAGUUCACCCCCAAAAUUAAAAUGUUGUCAUUAAUUACUCACCCUCAUGUCAUUCC